UCGUAUGGGUCAAUACAAAUUUUGAGCCCAUCAAGAAUUAAUUGGGUUGUUUACAUUAGGAUAGAGAAAUCAGUAUUUUUUUCUAGUUUUUUCUAACUUGAAGGGAUAACUCUCAAUUUAUCCUUGUGCUUCUGCAGCUCUCCUUAUCCGCAACAAACAGCUUCUCAUUAGGCACAGGAGAGAGAGAGAGAGGGGCCGAAGACAGAAAUGUCGUGCAAUUCCAUUUCGCUCUCGUUUCUUCACACACCCAUCCAACACUGCCAGCUUCCCAAUGGAGUACGCCCCAAUUCUGUUCGAAUAGUUCACCUCCACCACCCCAGCCGUCUCGUCGUCCAAGCCGCGGCCAAGACCCGGAGAGAGGACCGAACUGCUCGUCACAUUCGCAUUCGCAAGAAGGUUGAAGGGACGCCCGAGAGGCCAAGAUUAUGUGUUUUUCGCUCCAACAAGCACAUCUAUGCUCAAGUAAUUGACGAUUCAAAGAUGCACACUCUUGCUUCAGCCUCAACAAUGCAGAAACCCAUCUCAGAGGAGUUUGACUACAGCUCCGGCCCAACUAUUGAUGUAGCCAAGAAAGUGGGUGAAGCCAUUGCUAAAGCUUGUAUCGAAAAAGGGAUCACGAAGGUGGCCUUCGACCGAGGUGGUUACCCCUACCAUGGCCGGAUUGAGGCUCUAGCUAAUGCUGCCAGGGAGCAGGGCCUGCAGUUUUGAAGUUGAAACAGUUAUUCUUCAAGCUAAUUUAUCAUCCCUUUCUUUACUGUGUAGUAUGUGUUGUGCAAAUCGCUGUUAGUCAAAUAUUCAUGAAAAUAUCGUUUCGGAUUGUCAAAA